AUGGCCACCCUACUCUCGUUAACAACAUUCUCGUCGUCUUCGAUGAUGUCGCUCCAAGCGCCCCCGCCGUCCCACGAAAACUCCAUGCAGCAUGUCAUGGUCCCCGACGUGUUCGUCAUUCCGCCCGAGGAGGAGCACGACGAGAACCCACCGUGGUGCGUCUUCAACGCUGCCGCAGCCUCGCGGGCGAUGCAGUCGACCGUGCCCGACAUGGAUGCCCUGGACGCCGCGCUCAGCCUCCAGCAGCAGCUCGACAAUCGCUCGCCGGCGUUCCACCGCUCAUCCCAGGAAGAGUCACUGGAGACGGUCGUCCUCCCCAGGAGAGGGCCUGCAAUUGAGAUCAAGGAGAAUGUGUUUAGUGGGACAGGCUGGGAUAAGCCGCGGUGGAAGGACUUUGACGUGGAGAUUGCCGAGGUGGUCAGGGUCCCGCGGGAUAUCGGUAUCGGAGAAGGGGAUGAGGCAUACUAUGGCGGCAUGAAGCGCUCGAAGACGCUACGGAUGCGCGCGACGGACGCAUUCAUGUCCAUCAAGAACGCCAGGAAGAGCAGCCGGCGAGCGUUGGCCCCGAAAAGCGAAAAUUCCCGGCCACCACGGGAAAAUUCACGGCGGUCUUUCGAGUGCUUGGACAAGGAGCUCCCUGCACCUCCGUCUGCCCCACGGCUCUCGCGGCACAAGUCGCUCAUGCUCACCCACUUUUUCAGCUUCUCUCAGGGCAGCCGGUCUAAGGAGCAUGCAUCCAUCCCUCCUGUUCCCUCAAAACCGAUGCCCCUUCAACAGCAUACACAGAAUGCGCCGUAUAUGCCGACCUCCUCGAACAAUCGUGAGCCACAGAAACCUUCGCUUUUGGAAGACCAGAUGGAUGUGCCGUCGACGGCUGGCAGUAGCAGUAGCAGCAUAGACAAGCCGUCUCGCCCUCCGUUGUCAAAGCGAAAUUCAUUCCGGAAACGCUUGUCCGUCCUCGAGCUCCGGGGGCUGCUCACCGGCAGUAUUUCAUCUCCCACCAGCUCG